AUACGUCCAAUAGCUUUUACUGUCACAACACGUUUUGUUUUCUGUCUUCAGUCGGUUCCAUCUCAUUUGAAUAGCCUCCGAAUAGUUUUUUUCUUUGGAAAGGAACAAAAGCUAUUAGACACUACCAUUUCUUUCUAUUGACAUUAAUUUUCUUUCUCUUGAAAUGGCCAACAGUGAAGAGCAGGGAGAAAUAGCGCAUUUACGCUCAUUGCUUAAAGACAAAGAAGAUGAAAUUGUUCGGCUAAAGCAACUCAUUGGAACCGGUCUACAUGAGAUUGACAAAGGAGGUGAUUGUUCAUCAAGAACGGAGAAGCCGCCCGCUCGCCCCGACUCAUUGACGAAAGAAGAAGUAUCGCGCUACAGCAGGCAAUUAAUUCUGCCUCAAGUUGGUGCUGAAGGGCAGACGCAAUUGCGCAAGAGUUCGGUGCUGAUUCUAGGAGCCGGAGGACUGGGCUGCCCGGCUGCCAUUUAUUUAGCGGCUGCCGGAGUUGGGCAUUUGGGCGUGGUCGACUACGACGUCGUUGAGCUGAGCAAUCUCCACCGGCAGAUUAUGCACCGCGAGGCGGGCGUUGGCACCUCCAAGGCCGCGUCGCUGGCCCAAGCCAUCCGCUCUCUGAAUUCUCUCGUCCGGGUGACCACUCACGACGUCCAGCUGGAUGGCAGCAACGCGAUGGAAAUCGUUUCUGGCUACGACGUCGUGCUGGAUUGCUCCGACAAUCCGGCGACGCGCUAUUUGAUCAACGACGCCUGCGUUCUCUCCGGCCGGCCUUUGAUCUCGGGCAGUGCCCUCCGCUGGGAAGGUCAAUUGACGGUCUACAAUUAUCGCGACGGACCUUGUUACCGCUGCUUGUACCCGACGCCACCCAAUCCCAAGUUUGUCACCAAUUGCUCCGACGGCGGAGUCAUCGGAGCAGUUCCAGGUUUGAUUGGUACCCUUCAGGCGAUGGAGACCAUCAAGCUUCUUUUGGCCGAGACAAGCAAGUCGGGCGGAAUGUCCAGCGAUUGCCGAGUGGCCAGCACUGGCCCGUCCUUCAGUCGCCGACUCUUUGUCUUUGACGGAGAGAGCGGAAUGUUUCGUACCGUUUCGCUUCGCCCCAAGCAGUCGGACUGCGCCGUCUGCGCCAGCCCCGAGUCGAGGACCAUUAGCCGCGUCGACGAUGUCGAUUACGCUCUUUUCUGCGGUCGAGGCCCACACGACAAGGAAGAAGGAUUGCAAGUGUUAAAGAUGGAGGAUCGCGUGACUGCAACAGAAUUCCGAGACGCCGUUCAGUCGCUGUCAUCGCAGACGACGACGACCAUCACUCGACCGUAUUUGCUGAUUGACGUCCGUCCUCACCUGGAGACGACCAUCUGCCGUCUGCCAGACAGCGUCAAUGUGCCAUUUGAGAGCCUGGAACAACGUGCCGACGAGCUUAAGGAGCUGGUCAGCCAGCACUUGCCCCGGAAGGAGACGGGGCAAUCCCUUUUGCCAGGAAACGCUCGGAAAGUUCCGUCACAUCGCCGUGUAGGGAAACGAAAAGCAACUGUGUUCGUACUACGCGGGACGACAUUGAUUCGCCUUUGUCUAUCUUCCCUUUUAAAAAAUACAAAUAGUCGAUGAAACACUUUAUUUUUUAAAAUCCGCCCGGGAUGUUCGGUCGUGAUUGGCGUGAACUAGACGCGAAGGGCACACCACUGAUAUUUUAUGUAUAAGGUAUAUAUACCAUCAUCCAUAGUGAAUGGUCGGAGAGAGUAGCAAGUUUGGAAGAGACGGACGAAAGUACUAGAAACGCACGUUACAUCCCCGAUGAGUUUUCAUUGUAGAGUUAAGUCCAAAUGGGCACCGAAUGCAGUCAAUUUAGUGUAGACAUAACGAGGCAGCAACUGACGUAUGGCCAUGUGCGCUGGCCUUCUCCUCCUUCGUCUA